UUGCAGGGUAUGAUAAUUGCAUGAGAAGAAUUUGUUAGUCUAUUCUUAGCAUCCGACAGACAGACAGCGGUAACGGUACCGCACACCACUGUGUUUGUCCGCGGUACGAAAAAUCCUAGAACCAACCGAACCCCAGUGACGGAACACAGGACGGCGUUUGGCCAGCAGUGCUCGCUAGUGGACGGAGUGGAGCCUAUUAGUAGCAGUAGGACACCCGUCAUCAGGAGCCUGAAACCGCACAGGGACGGUGUUUGUUCGAUUAGCAUAAAGAAACGGCCGAUGUGUGGUGGGCUGUGCGCGGGUGAAUGAACAGUUUUCCGGAGCUUAAAACAACCCACACCUGAAGGGAGCUGUUGAGCGAGGAAAUGAUUUAAAGGCCAAUCUUUUGUUUUUUUUUUCUUAUGCGAACACGCGAUUUGUGAAGUGUAGAGUAAGAAAAAACUAAAUCGUCAAUAAUCGACAGUUUAAAAAUUACACGCUGAAGAGUUUUUGGGCCAUCGAUUUAUAAAAAGGUCCCUGAUUAAAGAGAAUUGAUUUCGCGAGUUGUGAGAAGUGUGUUUUUUGUACCUAUAUUUUGUUAUUGUUGAUUUGUGUUACAAAGUUAGUGGUUAGGCGGUUUCGCAAUCAACCGCGCGUGUAAGUCAGUGAACAGUGCCAUAGCGGAGGGAAAUGAUAAAUAAUUCUAAUUAGGAUAUAAAUGUUGAACGAGAUCCCGUCGAACCGAAAAGCUCGCCCGGGCCAGUUUGGUGUACGAAUUACAAUUAACGGCCAGGUGCCAGCCAUCAAAUUUGACGAAGUUGGGCUUCCAUUUGGCACGAGAUCGAAAGUCCCAGCAAGGAGCGGAUAUUUCCCGACCGAAAACAGAGUGAAUGUGUAUCACGGGUCAGCCGAUCCAUAGGCCACUUUCGUGAUAUGGUUGACAUCGAAUUAAUGAUGCCAGGCAGUAGCGGAGACGAAUCGGACUCCUCGCGCGGAAUACCCUCCAACCUAGAAGUGCCUCCGGGGUUGCAGGUGAUUCCAGUGAACCACCUCCACCAUCAGAGCAACGGCGGUGCGGUGGACGAACUGGCGCAUUCCGAACGCAUCAAGCAACUGCAAAGUGCGGAACAGUUCCUGCUGCAGAUGGCCCGCCUUCAACGUCCACCGCCGGAUCUGGACAUCCGCAAUGGUUCGGUGGUAGCCAACAAACCCAUUUCCAAAGGCACCCAGUAUGGUCCGUUUCGGGGGAAGUUCUUCCAGGACUCGCUGGACCGACGGGAGUACAUGGAUAUGAACCUUCGCGGUUGGCUGGAUGCGACACUGGAGACGGCCAACUGGUCCAAGAAUAUUCGCAAUGCAAGCAGCUUUACAGCGGCCGUUAAUGUGCAACAGAUCUACAAAGAUGGUUAUCUAUGGUACGAAGUGAUAUGUGAUAUCAGCCCCGGACAGGAGCUACUGCUGAUGCCCCGGAUCCCGUCGCACCGGGGCGAGUCGUUGUUCGAUGACAGGAGUGAUCGUGGUUCGGGGUCCCAGCACAGUGAAGCUUUCGAGGACGAAUACAACACUUCGGCUGAUCUUGAUACUAGUCAUAAGGAUCAUUUACAUCAUAAUAACAAUAACAACAACAACAAUAACAACAACAGUAGCAUCCACCACAAUACGACCGGUAGUAGUGUGGAUCAGAAUAGUCGCAAUUGUAGCAGUAACAGUAACAGUAACACCAGCACCGCCGGCCACAACGAACAGGACGCCAACGUCGACGGGGACGAGGACGAGGACGAAGAGGGCAUCGAUACCCGGUGCGUCGUUUGCGAGCGGCAGUGUCACGAUAUCGACCAACUCGACGAUCAUCUGGUGAUCUCGCACCACUACCUGAAAGACGCCUAUCGGUGUGAGCUUUGCCCGCGGGCGUACUGCCAUCGACCGUCCCUGCUGCGACAUCGGGCCAUUGUACACGGCGAAGUCAAGCGCUAUCCCUGCGAGAAUUGUUCCAAGGAUACUGUCACUGCCACGAGGCUUUCAAGCGUUCCCCAGUUUGAUUAUCGGCUUUUGAGCUCCUCCGCCUCAUCACAUCAGCACCAAGUAUUCACCGAUCCUUCCAACCUCCAGCGGCAUAUUCGCACCCACCACGUGGGUGCCCGCAGUCACGCCUGUCCCGAGUGCGGCAAAACAUUCGCGACCAGCUCCGGCCUCAAGCAACACACGCACAUUCACUCCUCGGUCAAGCCGUUCCAGUGUGAGGUCUGCUUCAAGGCGUACACCCAGUUUUCGAACCUCUGCCGGCACAAGCGAAUGCAUGCGGAUUGUCGCAUGCAAAUCAAGUGUAACAAGUGUGGCCAGAGCUUCAGCACCGUAACGUCCCUUUCUAAGCAUAAGCGCUUUUGUGAUUCUACCUCCGUUGGAGGAGGACCAUUGCAUCCGGCAGCAGCCCAGCAGCAACCGGCUGGAGUUCCGAACCUAUCACACAACAUGGCCACACCGCCGAAUCCGUUUCUAAUGUUCUCCAGCAAUCCCUUUUUCCCGCCCGGAUUUCGCCCUUAUCCUGGAAUGACGGGAAUAUUCCCUCCAAACCCGGCUCAAGCGCCUCAAUUUCCGCUCCCCUUUUUCCCGAAACCAGUUUCGGCUGGUACAGUUGAGAUGGAACGUAAAACUCCCUCGCCACGUCACCUAAACAUUAUGGAGCAGUACGGCCAGCAAACGAUGAAGAUCUCUCCGCCAACGGCGGAAGAAGCCACUAACCAUCUCAGACCAUCCCCUGCUCGACCAAUUCCGGUGAACUUCAACUCGAUCCCAUCAAUGACUUCGACUCCAGUUCCAGCGGCAGCAAGCGCCGCCACAACAGUGCUGAAUAACAACAAUCACAUAAAACCAGACCCAGACGUGUUGAAUCGUGGUCGAGAAAAUGGCAACCUCGCUUUGUCAGGGGUUCCCUCGGAACCGCACAGCUCGGAAGAUGAACUACCGUCCGGCGGAUCGAUUCGAGUUAAAGAUUUCUCUCGCUACUCCGGCGUUUCCUCGUCCGGAUCACCGUUGGAAGUCAAAAAGGAACGUCGAUCAUCGUCACUCGGCAAACGGAAGCACUCGAUCGAUGUCGUGAAGGAUGAGGACGAUGAAGACGAUGAUGAUGACGAGCGAGAGGCACAAUCAAAGAUAAGCGAACCGGAGGCUCCGCCAGUUAAGAUUGCUAAGGUGGAAACCCCCUCUGAGCAGCCCCUCGACCUGAGCGUCACCAAGAAAAAGAACGGCGGUCGCAGUCCGACACCGAUCGAGGUUACGACACCGACCCCGACCCCGACGGCAACGCCAACCCCGGAGGCCGUUCCGAUCAGCUCGCCGAAAGCCGCCAGCUCGCCACAACUGAUGACCGUCCCUAGUCCGUCUCCGUCGCUUUCGCCCCGUCCGUCACCCUCAUCGUCGUCACCCGGUGCCACCGGCCAGCAAAUCUCCUACCCGAGGCCUAUCUAUCCGAUGAUGCUGGAGGCCAUGUUUCAGCCGGGUCUCCCCAACUUUCAACGGGCGCCGUUCAAUUUUUUAGGCAACCUCGCUCCCAACUUUGACCUGCUGAAACGAAACGUGCCCUUUCCGCCGAAACCCUUUCACGAGGCUAUAAUGGCCGCCGGUGGUUUAACCGGUGGCGGCAAGGUCAAGGAUCGCUACUCGUGUAAAUUUUGUGGCAAGAUCUUUCCGCGUUCCGCCAAUCUGACACGCCACCUGCGCACACACACCGGUGAGCAGCCCUACAAAUGUCGGUACUGUGAACGGUCAUUUAGUAUCUCUAGUAAUUUGCAGCGUCAUGUGCGUAACAUUCACAACAAAGAGCGCCCGUUCAAGUGUCACCUGUGCGAACGCUGUUUCGGCCAGCAGACGAAUCUCGAUCGGCAUCUGAAGAAACACGAUGCCGACGCUGCUGGGCUCGGAAUGGGCCUGGGAGAUUCGCCCUCGUCGAACGAGGCCGAACGGGAGGAUGCGUAUUUUGACGAGAUUCGGUCGUUCAUGGGCAAAGUGACCUACUCGGGACCGGCUGGGGGGCAUCACCACGCCGGUCACCUGUACACUCCGAUCGAUGUGACCAGCGUCGAGCCGGAACUGGAGGACGGAUCCAGCGACGUGGAAAGCGAUUUGAUCAACAUUGAGUCCGAUAAGGAACCGAUUAACAACAACGAUACCAUAGAAGUUUCCACCUAAAGGAAGCGGAAAAAAAUAGAAGCAAAACACGAACUACUGAUCGGACCAAAAUGAUAAGAAAAAGAAAACGGAACACUCGCUGCUGUUCCACCACGAUCGAUCGAUCGGUCGAUCGAUUAUAAUCUGUACAUUUUCGAGGACCUACAACGUUGUAAACCAUUUUUAUCCUGUGCUCACUAUUAGCGAAUUAUCUCUGAAAAAAAAAAAACAGUUCACAACCAUUGACCGCAAGCUCACUGAAUAGUAUUACAAGUAACAUCACUUAAAGAAAAAAAGAAAUAAAAAACAAUAAUGUUAAGCUCAAAUCGAUAGUAAGCAAGGAAACUACUGUGUACAGAAGCAGGCACCCUUUUAAUCGUAGAUCAAAUAUUUUUGGUGAUAUUGAUAUUGUUUUCUUUUUUAAAUAAUAAAUUUUCAAUUAGUCAGUAUGAAAGUUAAACUUUUGCCGACACACGAACACACUAAAAGAAUUUAGUUGAUACCAAAAAGUGGAAACAUUGCACACGACUAUAGGCUAUAGUUAUCGGUAGGAUAAUUUUUUUUCAUAUGCGUUCUUCAACGGAAUUUGAUUUUUACGUUCUUUGUAACUUAUUACUUACUGAGGUUAUCUGAGACACACGGUGAGAGAGAAAAAGAGAAUUAAUAUAAACGAAAUUUUUGAUUUGAUCUAUUCGAGGAAAAACAAGAAGAAAAAAAACAUAUGGAAUGAUGAUGCGAGAGCAGGCAUGCAAACUCAACACUGUAAUCUACGACUAAACGCUAUACAUAUAUAUCUAAAACAAAUUGUUAGUUAGUUAUAACCACCAGCAAAAAAUCUUUACUUUAAGCGCAUUUUUUCAAUCAUACAGAAAAUAAAUCAA